GUUCCAGUUAAGAGAGUAUCUAACACAAGUUCUUCCGUUGACUACUAUCCUGACACGAGAGAAAUGGAACUGAAGUGUACCUUCAAGGGAUGGCCUCGUCCUCGUGUAGUUUGGUACAAUCCAGAUAGAAAACAAAUCAUCAACGGAUCUGAAGGUUUUUACAUCUCAGAGCAGCUGGUUGGAAAGGAUACCUUAACUUCCCUUCUCCGUACUGCUAAUAUCCAAGAAAAACACAGAGGGGCUUAUAAAUGCACUGGAAUGAACAACGUAACCGGCUGGUCGAGUAAAAAAUCAGGGUAUAUUGACCUGAAUUAUCGCUGUAAGUCAUUCAAUUUCUUAUUUCUAAUACAACACACGGAUUCGCAAAACUACCUCCUUUGAAGCAGGUUCAUAAAAACAUAAUACCAUGUUUUCCCUGUAAACAAAGGAAAGUAUCCCAUUUAGAUUAAAAGGGACAGCUCAUUCUCCCUUGAUUUAGACGGAAUUAAAUAUUGGCUGUUUCAUAUUUCAAAUAACAGAUUAACUAAUUCCUAACUGAAUUUUAAAAAAAUGUACUGACAAUUUUGUGCCACCUUCCUCUUUUAUUCCGACUAAAUGGACGCUGGAAUUUUUAUCUGUUUACCCCCCGGGUCACAAGGCAUAAGUAAAUAAAUAAAUUAAAAUAAAUAAAUAAAUAAAUAAUGACUUCGUUGCGCCAGCUCAUUCACAAAGUGGUUCUUUGUCUACCAUUCUGGCUCAAAUUUACCCUGCGCAGCUGGCGGGAUUAACGUGGGAUUGAUGUGUUGUUUUGGUGGCAAUGGCGGAAUAAGGGUGAGAAGCAACAAAACCGAACCCGGCCGGCCACAUAUGAUGUUGCCUGAGGAAUCAAGCACAGGACAGUCGUUAAUGAGGGGGGAGUGUUCUCAUCUGAAAUUCAGUAGAACCUCUACAUAACGAAGUCCUCCGUAUAAUUAACAAUUAUUAGAUUUAUUCCACGAGUGUGCAUUGGAUAUGAGAUGGUAGUUAGCCAACGAGGCGCGUAGCACCGAGUUGGCCUUAAUCAUCUCAUAUUCAACAAGCGCGAGUUGAAUAAUUAUUCUAUAAAAACCGCCCACAAAAUAUCGAGAAUUCUUCCCGACUUUAUUUGUAAACCAAGCGACUUUCAUCUUGUUUUUAAUUUUGAGCAGACGCGUACAGUUACCAUAUUUGGAGACAUGGUAUAACGGCUCAUAUACCAUGAUGGCUAAGCCAAUCAGAGCUCUAGAAUUACAUUAUCCAAUGAUUCAGUUUUUAAUAAUAAGCGAUACUCUCCGCCCCAGAAAUAAUACAGUCAAACCCCGUAAACCCCGACACUGAAGGGGCCGUACUAAGACAGAGUCCGUAUUAACGGGGUGACCUUAUUAAGCGGGCAGAAAAUGAAAGGGCUUUCUUUCCCCACGGACAAAGCAAACUGUCCGUAACAAUGAGAUGUCUGUAUUGAGCGGGUUUCCAGACUGGAGCGGGGUUUGACUGUACAACAAUUAAAAGGGAACUCGAUAUAACAAAACCUCUUUAUGGCGAGCAUAUUUUGCCAGUCCUUUGGGUCUUCGUUCAGCUGUUCGUUAUAUCAAGAUUCCAAUGUAAACUGUUGUGUGGUUGUUAAAAAGAGAAAUGGAGACCCCGAAUAGCUAUUGAAAUCAACCCUUAGUAGCACAUGCUAUAUUGGUGGGAGGUAAGAGAAGUGGGGUUCAUCCGAUCAACCGAUCGUUAGAGCGUCGCUAAAGACGGCGUGAGGAGACAAGUCGCAAAGGAGGAAACCAGUGGGAUAAAAUAAAUCAACACGUAAAAACUCCAGAGCGUUUUGAUGUCCCAUAUAAUGUCACAAAUACUCAGGAGGAGAGGGUAAGAGUAAGAUUGUUACCCCUUACGGUUGCAGGAAAAAAUGGUAACCAUUUUAAAAUAAUAUUUGCUUAUCAUCUCUUCUUAUGAUCUAAUACAGGUUUGUUGCCUAAAGCUCCGCAGAGAUCUUCUUCCCAGGUUUCGGUGACAGCCUACUUCAAUGUCAGUUUAAGGUGCUUAGUAUUUGUCAGGCCAAGCGACUGUUGGGACAAUUCUUUACGGUGGUAUUUUAACAACCGCUCAGGGGAAUUAAAAUCUGGUGAAAAGUAUGAUAUACAAGAAAGGAAAACCAACACCAGAUGCAAAACAGAUUUUAUUCUCACCAUUGUUAACGUUACUGAAGCAGACGAGGGAAAGUAUGAAUGUCAGUGGCUCUGCAAAAAGGACUACCCCAGCUUUUCCAGGUCUUCAAUUAUCCAGCUGAAAGUGUUUCCUCCUUCAGAAGAAGUUACUGAUACUCCUGUGAUAUCUAAAGGUAUUGUGUCACGAAAUUUAUCAAAAUUCAGAAAGUGGAAAACUUUACUCGGGUAAAUUUUUCGCUGGCCUCUCAGAGCCUAUACCCCAUAUAGUCUAUUCUGUGGCCAAUUAUAGACCCCAUCUUUGUCACUUUUGGGCAAAUGUGUAAUUUUCGCGAUCCCAACUUAGUCACUUUCUAUUUUUAUGAAUUGAUUCAUUUUUUAGAUUGAAUGAAGAACACUUUACUUUUCAUCUGCAGUGCAAACAUUCUGGUACGUUUGCUAACCGUAAAUAUGGAGAACUGUCUUACCCCCAAAAAUCCGAGAAUGUGCUACCCCAUUAUAGUCAAUCCACCUGUGAAAAUGCGACCCCAUCCAGCGGCACAUCCCCAUUAGCCUCUUAUAAGGAAGUACUCCCCCUCCCCUCCCCCUCGAGCUCAAAACAGCAAAUGCAAAAGGAGCCGUGUCAUGUGAGGACAAGCUUGAAGGGUUGAAACUGCGUGCAACUGAGUGUUUCAUUAGAAAACGAAAAAUCCAAUCCGAAGAAUAACUCGCAAUUGUAUAAAAGUAAUUUUAUUCGAUCUGAAAUCAAAUUGAACAAAUAUAUUCUAUUCAAAAAGUGUAAUCAAAUAAUUGAUAAAUGAAACUAGAAAAAGCGGAAUAAAUGCCGAUAAAAGCUAAACGUUGAUAGAAGCGAAAUCACGUGGUUCUUGAAACAAACUCAAUUUAAAGGGAUACAAUCAUCUAUGAGACCGCGGUGACCUGGACACUACUUUUGGCAGUUUGAAAAGAGUUUACCUCAACCCGAAAUCAAAUGAAUGCGUCGGCUACAUCUAGAAAUCCGUUUCAAUUUUGCCUAGUGUUUCAUUCGAUCCUUGAUCUUUUACAGAAAUCCUCUAUUUGAGCAGACUUUAACUCAUCCUAUGACAUUGUUUAAUCAUAUUUGGCUAAAAACAGCAUCCAAAGGAACAUGAGGGGAACAUUGGGGGGUACCCAAUACCACAAUACCGUAAGAAAAAAAGGCGCGUCGAAAAUCGUCUAAAUACCGAUACCGCAUAUUUUAAUCACAUUCAUAAUCGGUUCCACAAACUUUUGGGGGCUCCCAUCUAGCGCGUUUAAUUAUCUCAGGUAUUUAUGCACCAGAUGUCCAUGUUUUUUUUUUUAAUAUUUUGGUAGUUGGCAAAUUUUUGGCAAAUUUUCACUGAAAAGAACCUUCUGGUAGGUCGAACCAACAGCUAACUAACUCCAAUAAAAAUAACUCUUGAAAGCGCGAAAAAACAAACAAACAAACCAACUAACCAACCAAAAUCCUUUCCACACACGUCUAGUGCGAGUUUGGAUCAGUCUAUAGUCUAGUACGUCAGUAUCUCAGGGGUCAACUAUCUUGACUGUCUAACACGCCGCGCCGGUAAGAGGCAAACUUACCAGAUUUUCUUUUUUAACUUUAUAAGGCGUUUUUCAAUUCUCGAAACCAGACAUCUAAACUUACUCUUGUUGCGAUAAUGCUCGCCUCCUUCGCCCUCUUCAUAAAAAAUUGCCACACAGUCAAUGAUGACCACGCCGUCUGCGCCGUCUCAGCGACCUCAGCCAUUGUGAGAAAACGUGUAAGACCUCGAAUUGCCGGCACAGGUAUAGUCUGCUACACAGCCGUUUUUAGUGUCGUCACGCAACGCUCCUCCUCAGUGGGAGUUCUUGGAGAUAUCGGCAGAUCAGGAUGAAAACAAUUUGACAACUCGCGCAACAUUGUGCGAACAUUCAUGGAGCAAGCUUUAGACCAGUAACUAAUAUGCAGCAGAUUGUUAUAAAGCUACCUCCAAAAAUUGCAGUAGGGUGACGCAGGCAAAAGUUAAAGCUACAGCCCAAAUAAGUUGACCUUAGCGACUUAGAUGAGUGGCUGAAACCGAGAGUCAAGUCAAAGUGAUAGCCUUUGGUUGUUCCAGUAAUAUAGAGAAUCCUGAACAAGAGAAACCCAAGUCAAAUUCAAAUAAAUCGAAGUGGCUCUGGAGAAAGAACAUGCGAAGACUCACUCAUGUAAUGUUUUGUGAGCUAAGAAAAACAUGUACUGACAUUGUAUGAAACGUGGAAGAAUCAAAUGCAAGUGAACGAUGGUGAUUAUAAGAGAAGAUGGGUUUGUGCUUUAGAUGCCACAGUAGAGGACAUCGUCGGCUGAGGCAUUCCAAUCCUCGCAAGAAGCCACAGGAGAGACGUCAUCACCUGGAGUACCAACUAAUCACACAAGCUGUUGAGGUUCUGAAGACUUGA